AUGUCGACAAUACAGCAACUGAAGAACUUCAUCCGCCAUGGCAAGCAAGCCCGUGUGGUUGACGAACCCCCGCGCUCGAAAAACGAUAGCUCGCCGUCAAAACAACAACCGGCCUCGAAGAGCACCACAGCGGCGCGAAACACAGACCCCGAAAUCGGCACAUCCACUGCUGCGAAAUACACGACCGCCCACCACGACCCCGCCCAGCCCCAGGCCAUAGACAUUAAAACCAAACAACAGAAGCGCAUUCCGGACGAGAAUAUUGCGAAGCUGGUAGCUGAGGAGAAUGCAAGCAAGAGCAUGUUCCCGCAGUACCCGGGCCUCGAGCGAUGGGAACUCCUCGAGAAAAUGGGUGACGGCGCCUUCAGCAACGUCUACCGCGCUCGGGAUCGUGAGGGGGACGCCGGAGAAGUUGCUAUCAAGGUUGUCCGCAAAUUCGAGAUGAACAGCAUGCAGAGGGCAAACAUCCUGAAAGAGGUACAAAUCAUGCGCCAGACCGACCACCCUAACAUCAUCAGCCUCAUCGACUUUGCCGAGUCUCGCCAAUAUUACUACAUCAUCCUUGAGCUCGCCCCAGGCGGCGAAUUGUUCCAUCAGAUCGUGCGCCUGACCUACUUCAGCGAGGAUCUAUCACGGCAUGUCAUCACACAAGUGGCGAACGCCUUGGAGUACCUACAUGAGGAGAGGGGCAUCGUGCACCGGGACAUCAAGCCGGAAAAUAUUCUCUUCAGCCCCAUCCCCUUUACUCCUGCAAAGAACCCCAAGCCCAAACAGCCCGGGGACGAAGACAAGGUCGACGAGGGCGAAUUCAUAAAGGGGGUUGGCGGAGGUGGUAUCGGGCAGAUCAAAAUCGCAGAUUUUGGUCUCUCCAAGAUCGUCUGGGAUAACCAGACCAUGACACCAUGCGGCACCGUUGGGUACACAGCACCCGAGAUCGUCAAGGAUGAACGCUACUCCAAGUCAGUAGACAUGUGGGCCAUGGGCUGCGUGCUGUACACUCUACUAUGCGGCUUCCCGCCAUUUUACGAUGAGAGCAUCGAAGUGCUUACCGAGAAGGUCGCCAAGGGGCAGUACACAUUCCUCUCUCCCUGGUGGGACGAUAUCAGCAAGUCAGCGCAGGACCUGAUCUCGCACCUGCUCUGCGUCGACCCGGACAAGCGCUAUACGAUCAAGGAGUUCCUCGCCCAUCCCUGGAUCCGCGAGUCGGGCCCCACGCCGCGUGACGAAAGGAAAGCGGCCUUCGCCGCUGGAGAGAAGCCCGCGCGGGCCUUCGACAUGACUAAGCUCGUCGACGGUGACAAGCGUUACGACUUCCGCUCCCCCGCCGCCGUCAACCUACGCGAGGUCUUCGACGUCGGUUACGCCGUCCAUCGCCAGGAAGAGGAGGGCAAGCGCCGGAAGCAGGUCGGCGCCAAGGCUGGUGGCGUGUCGCGCCUCGGCGGGCUCGACGAGGACGAGGACGAGGACGAAGAGAUGGCCGAGGGGGGUGCUGCGGGCUCGACCCAGCAGCUGGAGCAAAGCAUGCGGGACACGCAGAUCCGCGACCAGGAACAACAGUCGCGCGGCCGCGACCGCGAGCGCAAGGCCCACCCACCACCCGCCGCCGUCGCCCCCACCGAGCAGCGCGGCUACGGGCAACACUCGGCCACCGUCGCUGCGGCGGCGCGCCAGCAGGUACGGGAGCGCAACCGCCAGAAGGGCGCCUUUGAGCUGAACCUGGAUGGCGCGACCCUGCUCGGUCGCCGUGGCGUCAAGCCCGCCGCUCAGAUGGCUUAG